AAAACUUCCGGGUUACCUCACUGCCGGCUACAGUUGCAAUGAGAACACUCAAACAACACGUGUAAUUGUUGUUGUUUUUUAUCUAGAAAUGACCGUGUAACUGUGGUGAAAUGCUUGUAACUCGGUGGUUUCGUCUCUGUUCGUUGUGCAGCCGCGUAUGUCACAGCAGUAGAGGAAGAAGAGGAGGAGGAUGGAUGACACUGGCAGGACACAGCGUGUUAGCUAACAUCACAGAGGUGCCACACUGUGCAACACUAGCAGCCACACGUCUGUGUCACAGUGACGUGGGAGAUCUAUACAAACACGAGAGUGUGCAGAGGCACAUGCAGCAGGUCAUGGAGGAGUACACAGACCUCAGGAACAAGCUGGAGUUGCCUCACCUCAGCGAGGCAGACAGAAAGGUGCUGAUAAAGAAACACACAGAGUUGUUGCCUCUGGCAAAUAGAUUUUUGAGUAUUAAAGAAGCCAUGAAAGACCAUGAAGAAGUCUGUUCACUGCUGAAUGCCUCGGAUGGUACCAAAGUUGAAGAUGAACAACUGACAGAACUGUUAAAGGAGGAGGAAGCACAAAUCUCUAGCAAGAUUUUAACCUUGAGAAAAGAUCUGAUCAGGGCUCUUGUGCCCACUGACAGUCUUGACACCAGUAACGUCCUGCUGGAGGUUGUAUCAGGAAGAACAACGGGAGGUGACAUCUGUCAGCAAUUUACAAAAGAAAUGUUCGACAUGUACCAGGGUUUUGCCUGUUUUAAAAAUUGGGACUUUGACGUUUACAACUAUACACCUGCUGAGUAUGGUGGCUUACACCAUGCAGCAAUGAGAAUAGCUGGGGACAAUGUGUACAGACACCUCAAGCAUGAAGGAGGAACACACCGGGUGCAGAGGAUCCCUGAGGUGGGCCUCUCCUCCAGGAUGCAGCGUAUUCACACAGGAACCAUGGCUGUCAUCAUCCUGCCACAACCAGUGGAGUUCGAUGUUCACGUCGAUACAAAGGAUCUUCGCAUCGACACGUUCAGGUCUCGAGGUGCUGGAGGUCAGAGCGUCAACACGACAGACAGUGCAGUAAGGAUCGUUCAUCUUCCCACAGGUAUAACCGCUGAGUGUCAGCAAACACGCUCUCAGCUGCAGAACAGAGACACCGCCAUGCGCGUGCUGAGGGCCCGGCUCUACCAGAGCAUGGCGAGUAAAGAGACUAAGCAGAGGCACACAGCACGGAAGCAACAGGUGGGCACACGCUCUCAGUCAGAGAGGAUUCGCACCUACAACUUCAGCCAGGACCGUGUCACAGACCACCGGACUGGAUAUGUUACCAGAGAUAUUAAGGAGUUCAUGAAAGGAGGGGAAGCUCUCAACGACCUGAUCUCUGACCUACUGGAGCAUGCAGAGAUGGAGGCUGUUCUGGAGCUGGUGCAGAACAGCAGCGCCUGCAGGAAUCCAACACAACCAGGGUUUGGACCAUCUGCGGUCUGACACACACCACAACGUCCUUUAAAAACAAAAAACUUUAUCUGUUGUUUUUUAAAGAUCUCUAUGACUCCCUGAUGAAUAGUAAAAGGCUGAACUUGACUAUGCCAUAAAUAUUUAUUUGGUAAUAUUACUAUGGUAAUGUUUUUGUAAUACAUUAUUACAUCUUGUAAUUUUGUGUCAUUGCUCUUCAUUAAAUCCUUACACACCACUGAGGUA